AUGAAAUCCUUCUUCCACUUGUCCUCAAUUUUCACAAAAUUCGGCUUCUCAGCUGGCCUCCUAUCCAAUAUUAUUCUCAUUUAUUUAACCCUAUUUCACAUUCGAAAAAUUCAAGUGACCUACAAAUCAAUGGUCAUCUUUUUCGCGAUCCUUGGAAUCGUUUUUUCAGGAUGGGAACUGUUUUCCAAGCCUUUUAUGCAUAAUUUCAACAAAUCAAUGGUUUAUUUUAGUUUGGCCUCGAAAUUCGGGGUCCCCGAAGAGUUUUUCCAGUUCGGCAUCGCGUUUUAUGCGGGGCUAUAUAUGGCAAUUGUGGCUUUUAUCUCUUUGCAGUUCGUUUUUCGGUAUUUGGCACUUUUUAAACCGAAAUUCGCGAAAAAAUUUGAUGGAAUUGGUUUUAUUGGGUGGAUGGGGUAUUCUAUGGUACCUGGGAUCAUUUAUGGCUCCUCAUUUUAUUUCUACUGUCUUCCUGAUCAAUUUUCCGAUGAUUAUGUCAGAGACGAGAUGCUGAUGAAUUACGAAUUGGCAAUUGGAGAAAUCCCGAGAUUUGUCAUUGUGUCUUAUGACGGCAACAACAGUCUGCGAUGGAAAAAUAUGGCAUUUCUGGUCCAAGGAGUCUCCGUUAUAGGCUUGCACUACCUUGUCAUACUGUACUUCGGACUGAAAAUACAUUUCAAUAUGAAGAAAAAGCUGCAAGAGUACAGUACUACCUAUAGACGAAUUCAGAAUCAAUUAUUCCGAGCGUUGGUGGUCCAAACGAUGGCUCCAACGUUUUUAUUCGUUCUUCCCGCUGGUCCGAUUCUUUUGGGUCCAUUGGCUAGCCCGAUUUUUGGGUUUCCAAUCAGUUUACAGACUGGAUGGUUGUGCUCCGUGUUUAGUUUCUAUCCCCCGAUUGAUAGUAUCGCUUUUAUGGUGAUUGUGACGGAAUAUAAGAAGGUUAUUAAAGAACAACUCCACUACAUGUUCUUCCCGCCAGAGUCCCAAUCAGCCGCCUGUACCUCAACGGACCAGAAUGCGAAACCCAUUCAAAUGAGCUAA